ACGAGAUAACUCGUACUUGAUGAUGGAAAACAUAGGCACUGAUUACUAUCCAUUCAUUGAAAAUCUCAAGGCUAUGAAGACGUGGAUGAAAUUUGAUUGAACAGAUAAUAAGGAACGAACUUUCUUGAUACUUCAACACAUGCGUUUUAACGACGAACUGCUGAUAAAACAUGGAGACCAUCUUUCAUGAACAGCAAGAGGGUUCGCUAUGUGCCCAGCACUGCCUGAAUGCCUUACUACAAGGCCAGUACUUCAGUCCAGUAGAUCUGGCUGACCUAGCUAAGCAACUUGAUGAGAGUGAACGAGAACAAAUGGCCAUCGCUGGAGAACAAUCAGAAGAAUACAAAAAAUUCCUCAAGGAGCCAUCCAGCAACUUAGACGACAGUGGAUUCUUCUCCAUUCAGGUGAUUGACCGUGCCUUGUCUGUUUGGGGACUUGGACUUAUUCUAUAUAACUCCCCUGAUCCUAUUGCUAUUGCUGCCAGGAGCAACCCUGUAGCAGAGAAAGCCUAUAUUUGUAAUUUUCGUGGUCAUUGGUUGACCAUUAGGAAGAUUGGAAAUCAAUGGUUUAACCUGAAUUCCUUGCUGACCGGUCCUGAGCUCAUAUCUAACACAUACCUGUCGCUGUUUCUCAAGCAACUCCUAGAAGAAGGUUAUUCUAUAUUCAUUGUGGGAGGUAAUUUGCCAGAGUGUGAAGCUGAUAUGUUGCUAAAAAUAGCUCCAGUUGUACAACAAGUCAAGCCAAAGUUGAUCAACGAGAACCUGUCUGUGUCCAGUAAUCAGCCUGCGGAGGAAGAGGAAGAUCAACAGCUACAGAAGGUGUUGGCAGAGAGUCGACAGGCAGAUGAACACGAUGACCAGGCAUUACAGAAAGCUUUGCAGCUAAGCAUGGAGGGCUACACUUGGGAACCUGUCCCAGGGUCCUCUGCUGCCUCUUCAACCCAGGGUGCUGCUUCUGGAUCUGAUACCAAAAAAUCAGCAUCCCCUCCACCUGAAAGUCCGGACCCUGAAAAUGUGCGGCAGAAGCGUUUGGCCUACCUCAGCAGAUUAGAGUCAUCGAAAUCAUGUGAUAAAGCUGAACAAAACUCUCAAGAGUCAGAAUCAUCAAACAAAAAACUAAUUUCUGAAUCAGAGAAGACCACAGCAAAGGAAUUGUGUAACUCUGAACAUGAAGAGUCCACUACAGAUCAGGAGAAUGAUACAGGAGAAAUGAGUGAAGAGGAGAUGUUACAGAAAGCGAUAUCCAUGUCUAUGCAGACUGGAGAUAAAUGACACACGCCCUGUGUGUAUCAUGUGUUCAGAAUUACACUUUGGUCAAAUCUGGACUGGUCAACCUCAGUUGGUACUGAGAGGUCCAGCAUUAGAUACCUGGAACUGCCUCCUGCAAAUUCAUUGACAUCAUCUAAAAAAUGCACCAACGACAUCCUUUGUCCAAAUGACCAACAAAUGGUAUUGUUGCAAGAGAAGCCUCCCAGAAUCUGUGAUCAUCAGCAUUAAGGCAGUGACAUCCGGUUUUCUGUGAUUUUCUAAUUGACAGUAAGGCAGGGAGACCUGAAUUCUUUGAUGAAGCUCUGCUUUGUGCCAGGACAUGAUGAAUACUCCCAGAUGAGACAUUAGUGAAAGUCAUAAUUAACAUUUUAAGUGCUGAAGACUGACUAAAUUUCAUUAUUAUGUUUACACACUGUCUCAAUUAAUAAUGAUGAGUCUUAUGGAAUGUAAGGAUAAAUAGAGAAGAAUUUCACCCAAUGUACUACACAUAUCAGAAACUUUAUGACGAUUACAUGACUUAGAGACAUAAUCAUGUGUUAUGAAACUUUUGAAAUCAGAUUUCACCGCUCAACAUUUAUAUAUAUAUAUAUCUUCUUGAUAGCCUUGGAAUAUCUCUUGUAUGUCUUAAUAAAACUAAGGCACAAUGUUCUACAGAUGAUACAAGUUUUCCAUAAUCCUGGAAAAAUUACAUACUUGCAAUGAGCCUUAACUUUGUCAUCAAGGAUGAAGAGAAUUGUACACCAAGAACGCAAAUCUACAAUUUUUUUUGUAUUGUUCGAGAGCAAGUCUGAUGGUCAUGUAUGUCUUAGCUUGAGCAAAAACAAACAGAAUGUAUCAUUUUUUGCGAAAAGUUUAAUAAGACACUUAAAAGUUAUAUAUUAUGUGUGGUAUUACAUUCUUUAGCCUUUAUCUAGUAUUCAUAUAUCAACUUCUUCAGAACUAGGAAGUACAAGAUGAAGAUAUUUGUGUGGCAACACUCGUGGAAACAGCCUAACUAUAACUAGUUCAUGAAAAUAUUAAUUACCUUGAGUUAUGUUCAAGAUCAGAGUUCAAAUGAUUUGACUUAUUGUGUUUACAACAAAAAUCGUGUCUUUAACUCAAAGAACUGCUGCAUAAAAGGCGUAAACUGAGAACAUUUAUCUGGCAAUUUGUUUGUAUUUACCACUGGAAGAGCUGGUAAGGGUUGUAAAGAGACUUGUUUUUCAAGAUAGCAAUAUCAAAUUUGUUUUUUGGUAAAUGUUCAAACUAUUUUUUUCUGGAGAGAUAAUGGCCUAUAACUGUAAGAUUGAAGCAACAGCUUGCUGCUAUAGAAUGUUACACAGUUCAUUCACAGAAUUGCCCUUGACCUAUAUUCCAGGUCAUAGUUUUAAAAUGUGUGUAUCACUCAGAAGAAAAAAUAAUGAUUGGAAUGACAUAGAGCUGUGUAUUUGUCUUGUUGAUGUGAUUUGCUACAAAGUUUGAGAGAGGAAAUACCUUUGAUGUUUAUUCAAUAUUUUAUUAUGAUUCUCUCGGACAAGAUGUAUGAUAUAUGUUUGUAGCUAAAGUUCUUUGUUUUGUUGGCAUGUAAACAAAUAAGUUUGUGUAAGUAAAUGGCACCUUGACCCACUUUGAAGGUCAUUGAUGCGAGAUUUGUGAAUAGGAGAGUAUUGCAGACCCACUAGGCCUCUUGGUUGUGGAGGUAAAAGAGUAAUUUUAUGAUUUAAAGGAUAUAUUUGGUGAUAAAAUGAUUGUGUACUUGUAACUUGAUAGUAAACUGUCAUGUGAUGAAGCAUGAAUUACUUACCGUCCAAUAAUAUAACCACUGGUAAACAACAUAUUGUGUGAGAGAUGAUGACAAAGAUACAUACAUGGUAGAUACAAAUGUAUGUAUUAGAGAUAUUAUCAUCAAUCUUCAAGUUGUCUCACUUUCACUAUUGAGGAUAUUUCAUCAUACACUUAUUGAAAUACUGGCAUUUGAUGGCAAAUCUAAUAAAACCAUGAUAAAAUUCAAAA